UCCCCUUUCCCUUUCACUCUCGCAUGUUUCCCUCUCCUGUCCUUCCCGUAACUUUCCCUCUCCCACUCCCACUUCUCUCCCUCACAUCUGGAGGGUAUCUGGUGUGGCGGUGUGACUCCUUCUCCUCCUGCUAUGGGACAGCCUGUGUUCGGACUGGACGUCAGACUUGCAGUGCAUUUCUGCUAACGUUGUUCGCAAACGGGUGGGUGAGGACUGAAGCUUCAAGCGCAGCAGAGAGAAGGAGCGGAGAGCCGUCUAAUCAUUUGGUUGUUGGCCUGGAGAGCUCAGCAGUGGACAUGGCCUUUCCAAAGCAUUCCGUCCUGCGGGCCCUGAGUGUGCUUAUCUUGGCCUGCGUUUUGGUGCACUGCCAGGCCCCUCUUGAACCAGCGGAAGAGGACGACGUAGAGCCAAUUAAGGAGACCAACGUGCCAACAGUGUUUGCAAAACCUGAGCCGGUCCAAUGUCCGCCAGAGUGUAGCUGUACAGCAGAGGGGGCAGUGGACUGCGCUGGGGUCGACCUCACCGAGUUCCCCGCUGAGCUGUCCGAAGAAACUCGCCAUCUCUCUCUACAGAAUAACAAAAUCGCGGAGAUAACAGUGGAGCACAUUUCCCACCUGCAUCAGCUUGAGACUCUCAACCUUCAGAACAACUGGCUCACCACAGACGGCCUUGAAGAUGAAGGUUUUGAGAUGCUCGAAGAGCUGGCUUAUUUAUACUUGGCAAAUAACAAGCUUACCUCAGCACCAAAGGUCCUACCAUCCUCUUUGGUUAGCGCUGAUUUUGCUGCAAAUCAGCUUACAAGGAUCUACCCAUAUACGUUUGGCCAUAAACCAAAACUGAGGUCUGUGUAUCUCCAUAACAACAAGCUGACUGACGCAGGGCUUCCUGAUCACAUGUUCAAUGCCUCUGACAAUCUGGAGAUCCUGACCAUGUCUAGCAACUUCCUGCGGACUGUGCCCAGGAACCUGCCGUCGAACCUUUACCGUCUUCAUCUGAAGAGUAACAAGUUGGAGAAAAUCCCAGCUGGGGCUUUUGACAACUUACCAAACCUUAGAGAGUUGUAUCUCCCGAACAACCUGCUCAAUAAUGAGGGCAUGGACAACGAGACUUUCAGCCAACUGAACAGCCUGGAGUGCCUGGAUUUGUCAUAUAACAAUCUGAGCGUCGUCCCCAAGGGUCUGCCACGCAAUCUAGUGCUGCUACACCUGGAGAAGAACUCCAUCCGCAGCCUCCCUGGCGAUGCUCUUAUCUCUGUCCGAAACCUUGAGUACCUGCUCCUCCACAAUAACAAGCUCCGUUCACGUUCCAUCCAUCCAGCUGCCUUCCAGGGUUUGAAGAAGCUGCAUACUCUACACAUGUAUAACAAUUUGCUGGAGCGGGUUCCCAGGGGCUUGCCUCGACGGGCCAAGAUCCUAAUGCUGCUCCACAACUCCAUUUCUGAAAUUGGCCGCAACGACCUGUCCCUGCUUUACACCCUUACGGAGCUCAACCUCAGCUACAACCAGCUGACCAACCCAAAGGUUCAUAGAGAGGCCUUCAGGAAGCUGCGUGUGUUGGAAAAACUGGACCUGUCAGGUAACGGCCUUCACUCCGUGCCCAUGGGUCUUCCUCGCAGCCUGCAGGUGCUCGAAAUCAAGAACAACCAGCUCAGCUCUAUACCGGACGGUGCACUGACGGGCAUGGAGAAACUAGGAAAGAUCAUCCUAAGUAACAAUCAGUUGAAACUGAACUCGGUGUACCAGGGAGCCUGGAUGGAGCUCAGUGCCCUAACAACAUUAGAUCUGUCUGGCAACCAGCUGUCACACAUCCCAUCUGACUUACCUGAGUCCCUGGAGUAUCUUUACCUGCAAAGUAAUCGCAUCUCCACUGUUCCUGCUUCAGCAUUCGAAGGCACGCCGAACAUCAAAGGCAUCUUUCUCCGGUUUAACCGCCUGUCUGUGGACUCUGUGGACGAGAGCUCCUUCGCACACCUGUCCAACUUGCAGGUGCUGGACAUUGGGACAGGAAACACCGACCUGCCCUUUAAAAGAGAUGAGGAGGAUGAUGAUAAGAUGAUGGAGGAGGAGUGAGAAACAUGAGACUCACUCAAUUGAACUGACAUUGGACUGGAUUGCGUCGCGGACAGAAAUGGGUUCUAAAUGGGAAUUGACGUGUGAAUGUCAUUUCCCGGGUCCAUAAUAUCGUAUUUUGCUGAGUGGCUGAGUCACAUUUUUCUGGUGCAGGAUACCACAUAAAGUUACUUUUAGUUACCAUUGUAUGGGCUGGUUAAUAUUGCAUAUCUUUAUAUCUGAGCGUUCAUACAUUUUGACUGGUGACAUGCAACAUCCAUCAUCUACAUUGUGUUUUUGUUCUUUAUUCUAAAAAAAAAGAAAAAAAGGCAGUCACAAAAGUCAAUGUGAAUUUUCCCAUGUAAAUGUCUCAAUACCAACGACAAAUCUUUAUGACUGCAAUUUUGUCAUUUUUUUUGGCUGCCAUGUCUCUCUGGCUUAAAAAAGUGAUGUAAUACUGUGAAACUACUACAAUAUGUUUUAAUAGCAAGAGUGGUCAGAUAAGCAUUCGGACACCCACUGAAACCACAGUAACUGUUGAAUGAAACACUGCAACGCUUAAACAGGACUUCAUUUCAGUUUUAUUAUUGCAUUAUAUUGUACUCAUUUUUUCAAGCGAUCAAUUAAUCUCUCACGCUUAAAUUGAUUUGAAUCUCAAGAACUCAAUUUAUAAUGAUGAAGUAGAAAAAAAUAACAGAGCAAAGCAUAAUAUUUGAGAAGCUUUUAAAGUAACAAUCCUUAAAAUAGUCUUUACAUUACAUAUUUAUAUAUAUACAUAUGUAUAUAUAUUCUAAAAUAUUCAUUAUAUAGGCACUGUAUUUAGAUUCCUCAAAGUUCCAGUGUGUAGGACUUUGUGGCAUCUUGCAGCUACGUUGCAUAUUGCAUCAAACUCAACAUCCCAUUCUUAGUUUCAGGUUAUUAUACAGGAAACAUGAUUAUGAAUAUUAUAUCCGAUCUCUGCCAAUACAUCCCCCUAAAUCCUACACACCGGUCCAUUAACUGUGGUACUUCAUAUACGCCUUAUUGUUACUGGCAGAGUGUUCAUUUCUCAGGUGGAUUACAUAUCUAGUAUCACUGUACAAUGGAUCACAGAACAUGAUGCCUGAACAAACUUGACGUAGUUUAGUCCAACCAAUAGAAAAAUCACGACAUUAUGAAUUAACCCACAAUUUUUUGUUGGAUAAAUGCUCCAAAGCUUCUUUUCUAUUAGCUGUUACCUGCUACUAUUACAUUGUCAGUUGCACGUCUGUUGCCACCAACCAAAUAAUAAUGAUAAUAAUAAUAAUAAUCCAAAUAUAAUAUCUGUUACCACCAGUAACCAAAUCAAACCAGGACUGAAAUCAUUAGAACUUUAGUGGCUAAAUGUUGAUCUCAUGAAUUAUUCAUCAUAAUGAAAUUGAUCUCUUUUAUUUUUCUUUCAGUUGACCAAUUUAAUUCAUAGUACUGUUUGCACUACCCUCAAGCAGGGGGUGUAGAAAAGUGAAUCUUGGAAAGCAGUCAUUUACUUACAAUGUGGACAUCAAUAUAUUUUUCUAAAUUGGAGUGAAAUACUCAAAACAUAAAAGCAAUUUCAGCACAUCUGAAGCUUCAAUCCAUGCUGCUGCUGCCGCUGCUGCUACUUCAGUCCACUUCUGCUUUAUAAAAAAACAUGGCAAGUAUUUUUAUAUGACAAGUUAAAACACACAUCCUGUUACGCUCACUGUACUGCUAUGAAUACAUUUUCACUUUUACACACAGCAGUAUUGUAUUGUCACAUAUACAGUCAUCAAACACGGCAAUAAAUGAUUUGAAAAGGC